AUGUCGGUGGCCGAAUAUGCUGCCAAAUUUGAAGACCUGAUAAGAUAUUGUCCCCACUACAACAAUGUUGAGAACGAGAGGUCGAAGUGCGUCAAAUUCGAGAAUGGCUUGCGACCAGAGAUCAAGGCAGGUAUUGGAUAUCAAGAGCUCCGUCAGUUUGCUACCUUGGUCAACAAGAGUCGGAUCUAUGAAGAAGAUAACAAAGCUAAGAGCAACCACUACAAGGCCUUGAGCGACAAGAAGAAUGCGGGCCAGAACCGCAGCAAACCAUAUGACAAGUCGAAAGUAGAUCAGGAAGGUAAGCAGAAGACUACUGAUGGGCAUGACACAAGUGGGGGAGGCCGUUGCUAUAGGUGUGGCGAGACAGGACACAAGAUCGCCGAGUGCAAGGCGAAGAAUCUGAAAUGUUAUAAAUGUGGAAAGCCGGGACAUUUUGCAAAUGAGUGUAAAAAUCCCGUGAUUUGUUUUAAUUGUUCAGAGCCAGGCCAUAUUAGUACCGAGUGUGACAAACCAUGGAGGACACGAGAUGCUACUCCGGCGAAAGGGAAGGUGUUCGCCUUGUGGGGCUCGGAGCCAGAUGCAUGA